AUGCCACAUAUCAGUGCCUACCAGUGCACAUCAAUGCCACAUAUCAGUGCCCAUCUGAGCUGCCUUUCAGUGUCACCCAUCAGUGCCAGUCAGUGCCACCCAUCAGUGCUGCCAAUCAGUGCCACCUAUCAGUGCCAGUCAGUGCCGCCUAUCAGUGCCAGUCAGUGCCGCCUAUCAGUGUGCAUCAGUGCCGCCUAUCAGUGCCCAUCAGUGCCAGUCAUCAGUGCCACCUAUCAGUGCCAGUCAGUGCCACCUAUCAGUGUCGCCUAUCGGUGCCAUAUAUCAGUGCUGCCUUUCAGGGCCCAUCAGUGAUGCCUGUCAAUGCCCAACAGUGCCACCUACCAGUGCCUCCUCAUCAGUGCCACCUAUCAGUGUCCAUCAGUGUAGCCUAUCAGUGCCCAUCACUG